CCCGUCCCCACCUAUACUCCCGCGGCGCUGCUGAACUGUCGCCCCGCCCUCACUCUCUCUGAGCCCGUCCCCGACUGGCUCCCGCGGGUCCACUGUCGGAUCGUGACCCCACCCCCUCCUGGUUCUCUCGCGCCGCCGAACCAUGGCCCCGCCCUCUCCUGGUUCUCCCGCGCCGACCUGCCUCCUCCUGGUUCUCCCGCGCCUCCGAACCGUGGCCCCGCCUCCUCCAGGUUCUCCCGCGCCGCCGAAACGUCGCCCCGCCCCCUCCUGGUUCUCUCGCGCCGCAACGGUUGGCCUGUUGUAACGGUCCCUCUUGUCCCGCGCUGUGGUGUUUGCCCUGUGAGCUCGGCGCGAUGGCGGUGCAACCUCGGGACAGGUUGUCCGGAGCGGACAGCGGGCAGGAUGGUGGUGCCUUCGUUGCCUUCUACAAGUCUAUGCCCGAGAAGCCGGACACCACUUUUCGUGUCUUUGACCGUAACGACUACUACACGGUGCAUGGGAAGGACGCGAUGUUCGCCGCCCGGGAGGUGUUCAAAACCAACGGAGUGAUCAAGACCCUGGGAUCGGGAAACAAUAAGAUUGAAAGUGUUGUGUUAAGUAAAAUGAACUUUGAAUCUGUGGUCAGGGAUCUUCUGUUGGUCCGACAGUACCGUGUUGAGGUUUAUAGGAACAAAGCUGUGAGUAAGUCCUCAAAGGAGAAUGAUUGGUACUUGGCCUGCAAGGCUUCUCCUGGUAACCUCACUCAGUUUGAAGAGAUACUUUUUGGCAACAGCGAUAUGUCUGCUGCAGCUGCCGUAGUGGGUGUUAAACUGGGCAUGGCAGAUGGGCAGAGGUUAAUUGGUGUUGGCUACGUUGACUCCACACUGCAGAAGCUUGGUGUGUGUGAGUUCCCAGACAAUGAUCAGUUUUCCAAUCUGGAGGCUCUGUUGGUGCAGAUUGGGCCAAAGGAAUGUGUUUUAUCAGGUGGCGAGAUGGCAGGAGAUGGCACUAAACUUCGACAGAUUGUACAACGAGGAGGCGUCUUGAUAACGGAUAGAAAGAAAAGUGAGUUUACAAAUAAGGAUAUUGUACAAGAUCUAAACCGCCUGCUGAAAGGGAAGAAAGGAGAACAAGUGUCAAGUGCUGCUUUACCAGAGAUGGAAAAACAAGUCGCCAUGUCUUCUGUUUCUGCUGUGAUCAAAUAUUUGGAGCUUUUGUCUGAUAAAACUAACUUUGGCCAAUAUGAGUUGAUUACAUUUGACCUGAGCCAGUAUAUGAGGCUGGAUAAUGCAGCAGUCAGUGCGCUCAAUCUUUUUCAGGGUGCAUCAGAAGACCCCAGCAAUACACAGUCAUUGGCUGGUUUACUGAACAAAUGUAAGACCCCUCAGGGACAGCGUCUCGUCAAUCAGUGGAUCAAACAACCACUGAUGGACAAGAAUAGGAUUGAGGAGAGAUUGAACCUGGUGGAAGCUUUUGUGGAUGACACUGAGUUACGGCAGAACUUACAGGAGGAUUUGCUUCGACGCUUUCCCGACCUUAACCGUCUGGCGAAGAAGUUCCAGCGUCAGGCAGCAACUCUGCAGGACUGCUAUCGGAUUUAUCAGGCUGUCAUUCAUCUCCCAAAUAUGGUGCAGGUGUUGGAUAGAUAUGAAGGCGUACACAAGAUGUUGUUGAAAGAUGUGUUUAUCUCCCCAUUGACUGACCUUAUCUCCGAUUUUGGGAAGUUUCAGGAAUUGAUUGAGACGACAUUAGACCUGAAUCAAGUGGAAAACCAUGAGUUCCUAGUGAAGCCAUCGUUUGACCCAAAUCUAACUGAACUCAGAGAGAAGAUGGAUAAUUUGGAGAAAGAUAUGCAGUCAACACUCAACCAAGCUGCAAGGGAGCUAGGUCUUGAAGCUGGCAAGACUGUGAAACUGGAGUCGAACGCUCAAUUGGGUUAUUAUUUCCGUGUCACUUGCAAGGAGGAAAAGGCUCUUCGUAACAAUAAGAAAUUUAACACCAUAGAUAUCCAGAAGAACGGAGUCCGAUUCACUAACAGUAAAUUGACAUCAUACAAUGAGGAUUACAUGAAGAGUAGGGAGGAGUAUGAAGAAGCUCAGAAUGUGAUUGUUAAAGAAAUCAUCAAUAUCUCGGCAGGAUAUGUGGAACCUCAGCAAACUUUAAAUGAUGUGAUUGCUCAACUGGAUGCAGUGGUCAGUUUUGCCCAUGUAUCUAAUGGAGCGCCAGUGCCGUACGUAAGACCUAAGAUCUUGGAGAAGGGCCACGGUCGAAUUACCUUGAAGGCUUCCAGGCAUCCAUGCAUUGAGGUUCAGGAUGAUAUGGCCUUCAUACCCAACGAUGUUACCUUUGAGAAGGAUAAGCAGAUGUUCCAUAUAAUAACAGGUCCAAACAUGGGUGGUAAAUCAACAUAUAUCCGACAGACUGGUGUGGUGGUUCUGAUGGCUCAGAUUGGUUGCUUUGUGCCCUGUGACUCUGCAGAAAUCAGUAUUGUUGAUUGCAUCCUUGCUCGAGUUGGUGCUGGAGACAGUCAGCUGAAAGGUGUUUCAACCUUCAUGGCGGAAAUGUUGGAGACUGCAUCUAUUUUGAGAUCAGCAACUGAACAGUCUCUGAUUAUUAUUGAUGAAUUGGGAAGAGGCACCUCUACAUAUGAUGGCUUUGGACUGGCCUGGGCUAUAUCAGAAUACAUUGCCACCAAGAUUUGUGCAUUUUGUAUGUUUGCCACUCAUUUCCAUGAGUUGACUGCCCUCGCUGACCAAGUACCAACAGUCAGCAACUUGCACGUGACGGCGCUCACCACAGAUGAAACACUAACUAUGCUGUACCGUGUAAAGAAAGGUGUUUGUGACCAGAGUUUUGGUAUUCAUGUAGCUGAGCUUGCUCAGUUUCCCAAACAUGUUAUUCAAAGUGCCAAGGACAAAGCCAUGGAGCUUGAGGAAUUCCAAAAUAUUGGGAAUUCUGGGGAUUCUGAUGAAGGGCCUGCAGCUAAGAAAUCCCGCCAAGAAAAGCAGGAUGGUGAAAGGAUCAUUGCAGAAUUUUUGUCAAAUAUCAAAGCUUUACCGAUUACUAAAAUGUCUGAAGAAGACGUUAAGCAAGAACUGAUGAAGCUGAAGUCUGAAGUGCUGGCACAGAAUAACAGUUUUAUCAAUGGAAUUAUUUCAAGAUCUACAAUCUCCCUAUAAACUCACAGAUUUAAGUUAACUUCAUAAAAUAUUCAGGUAUACAGUUUUAAAUGUAGUGAGAAGGAAGUUUUGCGAUUGGGCUGGGAGGACGGUCGAUAGAUCAAAAGGAUUGAAAUUGAAUCCCACCCAUAUUAUGUGGCGAGUCAUGGAAAAAGAGGUUUUAAAAAAAUGCAGAACAUUCCCUCUAUGAACACUGUUACUGCAUCUCUAUGUAAGCCUGACUUAAUACAUUGUAAUAAAGUGUUUUAGAUUCUGAGCAAGGAAAGCAUGGUUUUUGGCAGUGGCAAACCCCUCAUUUUUCAAGAUUGUGUUCUUGUAAAUGUCAGCAAUUCCCAGAUAGAAUACAGGUGUACAAUGGAGCACCAUUUGAAGGAGUGUUGUUCUGUUAAAUUCUGCUUUAUGCCAUUUAUGCUGCAUACUGUAGCUGCAAUGCAAGUUCACAUUGCACUUAAUUUUGAUAUGACUAAUUUCAUUUCUGAAUGAUGACGUUUUC